UAUUAUCAGAUGUUUUGAUAUGAUAUCAGAUCAGUGCCACAGCUUUUUGUCAACUGAAAUGUAAUGCGAAGUUAGCUAAAAUGCAGCUAUAAACAAUUACACAUGCACAUUGCAAUAUGAACGCGGAUGCGGAUGUGGCCUUUACGAGCUUCUACAGCACCGUGGGCAGCCAGUUGCAGCAUGCAGACCUGUCGUUGUCCACGCCCAUUCACUCGCUGGAGCCCGACAAUUUCACCGGCUUUUUUGACGAUGAGUCCGCAUUGCUGAGCAUUCCAUUACCCAUAGCAACUGGAGCAACUGCAGUGAGCGCCCACAAGAGCUCCUCUUCCGCUGGCCUCGUCGAUUCCCCCUGCAUUCCAUUUGUACAAAUCCAUACAACAGACUUGCAGCAGCAGCCCCAGCCGAGCCGCAGCUAUCGCAAUGGCUUUCGCCGAAAGACAGCAGAGAUUAAGUCUGAAGCCGAGUUGAUCAAAUCGGAGCUGGCUGAGGCGGCCAAGGAGCGCACCAAUGCCACGCCCACGCCGCCAACAGCAAAGGCAAUAGCCAGCGAUAGCUGUCAGUCGGAUUUGCCACUGAACAAAUGUCCCAAUUGUCCGUUCCUGAGUCUCUGUCCACUGAAGGCGCAAACGCACAUCAGCAGCUGCUUUGGCAUCGAUGCACAGCAUCGUCUGCUCUGUCCAGGCUGUUCGAAUGUCUUCUAUAGCGCAGAUGUACUCAAUCUACAUCUUAGCGCCGAUCAUCAGCUGGAGCCGCAGGAGAUUGCCGCACUUGCCAAGUCGAAUGAUUCGGCUUCCAAGAAGCCCCAGCCGAUGCCCAAAAGUCGCAUCUAUAUCAAGAAUGUAAACUGCUUGCGUGAGCCGCAGCUGCCGGACUUUCUGCCGCCUGAUGGCAAUAUACUAGAUCUACUAGAUGAUGUGGAGGAAGCUGGCAAUUGCUCCAAUCCACAGCAGCAGCAGCAGCAACAUCAGCAGCCGCAUCAGGUGCAGGAGGACCCGCCUAGCUCAGCCGUACAAAAAAUAUCUAUUAAGAGCGUGGACGUUCUAAGAGAGCCAGCGCUGUUGCCCUUUGAUUUUCCAAUGCCCAGCAAUGGAAACCAGCAACAGCAGCAGCAGCAACAGCAACAGCAACAACAGGAACUGGACCAGCUGCCGCCUCUAAUGAUCAACAACAAUCUGCUGGACAAGCCACGCCAACCGAAGAUCUACAUAAGAAAUGUGGAUAUAUUAAAGGAGCCCAUGCUGCUCCCUGGCAUGGGCUUUGGCAAUGCAACCGCUUCGACUGUAGCCAGUCCUGCAGAGGUCUACAAUGCGGAGACGCUGCUGACGCCAACAGGCGGCCCACUGCCUAGCUUUGAGCCGCUGACCAGCAUGUGCAGUGAGCCUUUCAGCUUUGACUCUGUGCUGAGUGGUGGUAGUGGUGCAGGCAACAGCGCCAGCAGCAGCAGCAGCCACAACUUUAGCGCGUUGGAUCUGGAUUUUAGCGUUGACUUUGAUCAAAGUGUGCAAUUAAAUGCGGAGCCGGAUCAUUCACUGCCCAGCGAGCAACAGCAGCAGCAGCAGCAGCAGCACCAGCAGCUGACGGAGCUAGCGCCACAUGAAGAGUUUAACCGAGAGCUGGAUAACUAUUUGCCCGCAGUAGUGCCAACAGCAACAGCAACAGCCCCAGCCACAGCCGCAGCCACAACGGCAGCAACAACCACAGCAGCCACAGCAACCACAUCGAAGCAAAAGAUCUUUAUCAAGAACGUGGACAUCUUGAAGGCGCCUCAGCGUGGCACGCUCCAUUUGCGCACGGUGGACGAACUAAAUCUGAUGAAUCGCAACGAAGUGGAGCACUUGAUUGUGCCGAAUCGGGAGCCAUUGCCACUGGAGCUGCCCCUGAAUGCACCAGCUGUGGCUUUGGAGCCUUCGUUGGUUGAUUUGCCGCCGCCAUCUGCACCGCUGAGCUAUGAUGAUAGCUACGACUUGGCCGAGGAUCUGGAGUGCUGGCCCUGGAUGGAUGACGAGGUGGACGAAGCGGAGCAACAGUUGCAGCUGGAGCCUCCGCACAGUGAUCUAUUGAUCAAGGACUUCCCGCAGCUGUAUCCACAGCCAGCUGCCAAUUCGGGGCCUGUGCCGCCCCUGGUGCCAGUCACCGGCUCAGUCGAUGCCGCCGCAAUCGGUGCAGAUAACCUUAGCGGACUGCCCGUGCCGCCGCUUGUGCCUUUACCCAGCGAGAAGACUGCACGCAUCUAUGUGGCCAACAAUUUGCUGCCCGCUGCUGCUGCCGCUGUGGAGCAGCCCUUAGCUGGCGGCACCUCUGUGCGUGGUCGUCCCUAUGGUGCCAAACAGGCUGGGUCAGGUCAGUCCAAGCGUCGACUGACCCAGGGCGCAGCUGCUCAACCACAGGAGGCCAGUGGCAAAAAAUGCACCGUCGAUGGCUGCAUGUUCCGCUUCAAGUCGACAGCGACACUCGACUACCAUGGACGCUGUCACAAUGGGGCUUUGGGCUCCGCCCAGCCCAUGAUCUGUCCGGAGUGCAGAUCGACGCAGUUCAGCAAUUGGAAUUGUUUGCAUACGCAUCUGUGGCGCACGCAUGCCAUCGACAUGGAGCUCUACUGCUGUCAGCUGUGCAGCUUCAAGACGCCCAUCUAUUCGCGGCUGGUGAACACCCACGCGAAGAUCCAUUCCGAGGAGCGCAACUACAAGUGCGAGCAGUGCGGCAAGGGCUUCAAGAACACCAAGCAGCUCAAGAACCAUCGGCGACUGCAUCGCACACAGGGCCUAGGCAUGAGCAAGCCAGCAAACGAGGAGCAGCAGCAGCAGCAGCAGCAGCUGCAGCCAAUGCUGCCUGUGCUGCAUCGCUGUGAGGAUUGCGGCGCGGCUUUUAAGCAUCGGAAGACAUUGCGCGAGCAUCUGUGUAAGCAGCGCAACGAGCAGCCACAGUGCCCCACCUGUCAGCGCGUCUUCAGCUCGAAGAGCAGCCUGAAGCUACACAUGCGCAGCCAUCAGGCGAACAAGCGGUUCAAGUGCAACAAGUGCGACUACGAGGCGAAUGAUCACAAUGCCUUUCGUCGCCAUCUGGGCACGCAUCAGGAGCCAAAGCGGUAUGCCUGUCCGCAUUGCGAUUUCCGUGCCAUUCAGAGCACUGCCUAUCGGAUACAUUUGCAAAAGGUGCAUCCGGAGCUAGAACUAUCCACGAUUAUACACAAAUGCAAUGCGUGCAAGUUCUCGAGCAUCAAUCACGGCCUGCUGCUGGUCCACCAGGCCAAGCAUCAUCCAGUCGAGCCAUCAAAUUCUAAGAUCAAAGUCAAAAGCAGCCUUCAGCUGGCACAUUCCACUGAUGCUCAAAAUAUCUAGACAUCUUAUAUCUACCUAUCCAUCAGCAACUAUAUAUAUCAAUAUACACAAAGUGCGGGCGCAUAGCUAAUAGAACUUUUAUACCAAAAUUAUAUAGAUAUAU